GUUUCACUGACGGAAGCGUCACAUUACAGGUGAGGCCUAUGGCCGCGUUCCAUCUGGAGACGUGUCGCUUUGUUCAUGUCGCUGUAAUAACUGAGUCGACCAACAAUCCACUGCUAGUUAAGGCUACUUAACAUCAGUAACGGUAGUUAAUGGUAGUUAACGGUAGUUAAUUUUCACGUAGUGGUUGUACAGGAUGUCUACGUGGCGCAGGCUGCACGUGAAGGUGCGCACAGCUCGAGCUUUAUUGACGUCCCGGCGGGAGACUCGACCUCAUACAUGGACGUUAAUUCAAAGCCUGAGUUCAGGCUCAGCUCUCCGAGUGACUUCUUCAAAGAUCUGGAAGCCCAGCUGGCAGCUAUGAGGCAGAAGGCUGCUGACGCUCUACCGGGGAGCAGCUGGAGCCCACUGGAGCUCAACCCGAACCUCCCGCCGGAGAGAGCCGACAUCGUGAUUGUGGGAGGCGGAGUGGUGGGCUGGUCCAUCGCCUACUGGCUGAAGCAGAAGGAGAGGGUCCGAGGAGAAGUCAAAGUGGUUGUGGUGGAGAAGGACACCACGUACUCCCAGGCCUCCACAGUGUUAUCAGCUGGAGGGAUCAGACAGCAGUUCUCUCUACCUGAGAACAUUCACCUGUCUCUGGCAUCUGCAGACUUCAUGAGGAGCAUCAAUGACCACCUGGGCGUGCUCAACGAGGACCCUAUCGACCUCCAGUUCAACCAGUCAGGUUACCUUUUCUUGGCCAGUGAGCAGGUGGCUCACAUCAUGGAGGAGAACUACAGCAUCCAGAGGAAUGUGGGGGCCAAAGUGCGUCUUCUGUCUCCAACUCAACUGAAAGACAAGUUUCCAUGGAUCAAUACAGACGGCGUGGUGCUCGCUUCAUACGGUUUGGAGAACGAGGGCUGGUUCGACCCUUGGACUCUUCUGAACGCCUUCAGGAGGAAAGCAGUCUCCAUGGGAGUGUUUCAGUGCUGUGGAGAGGUCACAGAUUUCAAACACUUGACUAACAUGGUGAUGACAGCUGAUGGUGAACAUCUUCCUCUCAGGAGAAUACAAUCUGUCAAAGUACAGAUGCCUAACAGUCUGGAGUAUCAGCCCGUUGAGUGUGCGAUUGUGGUGAAUGCCGCCGGAGCAUUUUCUGGUAAACUAGCGGACAUGUUGGGAAUCGGCUUCGGUCCCAAGAACACCAUCGCUGGAAUACCACUUCCUGUAGAGCCUCGAAAAAGGUAUGUGUAUGUAGUCCACUGUCCUGACGGUCCAGGUCUGGAUACGCCCUUCCUUAUUGAUUACUCUGGAGUUUACUUCAGACGGGAAGGGUUAGGAGGAAACUUCAUCACGGGGACUUCACCAGAGGAGUCAGAGGAGCCCAACACCAGGAACCUGGACGUGGACCAUCAGUUCUUUGAGGACAAAGUUUGGCCCAGUUUGGCUCAUCGAGUUCCAGCCUUUGAGAAACUGAAGGUGACGAGUGCCUGGGCUGGUUACUAUGACUACAACACAUUUGAUCAGAAUGGAAUCAUCGGUAUCCACCCUCUGAUCAAUAACAUGUACUUUGCGACUGGGUUCAGUGGUCACGGCCUGCAGCACUCCCCUGCUGUGGGUCGAGCAGUUGCAGAACUCAUUCUGGAUGGGAACUUUCAAACUCUGGACCUGAGCGGACUCGGCUUCAGACGCAUCCUGACACAGGAACCCAUGAUGGAGAGGAACAUCGUGUAGAACAAAACAAUGUGUAACAUCAAGAACAUCAUAUGUAGAACGACUCCUCAAAGGCCAGACCAACUGGUCCACAUCUAGGCUGACCAGCUGCUCGGUCCUGACCAGAAGUCCAUGAUGGAGAGGAAUAAUGUCCAGAGGAAGCAGAAUCUGGACUUGUCUGAUUCAGACUUUUGCCACAUUAUCACAACUCUUAUUUUUCAGCUGAUUGUUUGUAAAAAAAAAAAAAAAAAAUUGUAUUGAUGUGAAAAAAUGUCACCAGUUACUACCUCACAAUGGUACUUAAGUACAGUACUUUGAUAAAUGUGAAUGACCUUUGAUCGACGUGUGAACAACGUUUGAUCGACAUUUUAGAAUCAGAUUGGAAAUUCCUUUAUCAGUCCCGCAAACGGGGAAAUUGGUGUGUCACAGCGGCCAAAAGACAGUACAAUAUAAUAAACAAUAAUUGUAAAAACAAUAGAAUAAAAAGGUAAGAAGAGCCACAGCAGAAAUAGAAAGUAAACGGUAUAUACAUAAUAUGUACAAAUAUAAAACUGUAAUUAUAAACAGUGGCAGUGUAUUGUUAAAAAAUAUGAGUAUAAAAAUUUGAAAAUGACAAAUUAGUGAAGUGUGGAGUAUUUAUUGCAUAGUGAGGUCCACUGGAGCAGUGCUGGUUCUACAGUCUGACAGCAGCAGGAAGGAACUGUGGUACCGCUCCCUCACACACUUGGGCCUGCGGUACCUGUCCAACCUCUUGCACCGGGUCCAGAGGAUCCCAGGAUGGAUCUGGUCUCUAUAAGUUUAUCCAGUCUCCUCCUGCUUGCUGCUGAGAUGCGGCUGCUCCAGCAGACAACUCCAUAGAUUGAUGUGUGAACAAGAUUUCUGUAUUCUAUGUUCUGAAUAUUCUGUUUCUCAUUGAAUCAUUUUACAUUUUAUUACAUUUUUCUUCUUCUGUUCUUCUACAAAUUCUUUAUCUAGUUAAAAAUGUGUAUGAUAAUGUGACACAGUCUUUUAUCAUUUACUUUGUAUGAGUAUAUAUUUCUGUUUCAUAUUGAUCAGUUCCAAUACAGUUGUAUCAAUAAUCAAUAAUCAACACUAAUAUUCAACACUUUGUAGUUGUGUCGUCAGUUAUUGGUCAGAGAUCCGAUUCAGUUUGUUGUCAUUUAACUUUGAGACAGUUGUGAAUACAAGUACACGUUCAAAACUGUUUAUUUCACUGCUUUCCAUUAAUUAUAUUUCUGAAUUUACUUAUUUAUUAAUUUAUCUAUUUAUGUGAUAUUUCUGAUGAAUCGAACUGUCAUUUUCCUGUGUAGGGCAGAAGAGUAUCAGUGACCACUGAACCCUGUUAACACUGCUGUUCGUUCAGAGUCAUAUACAGCGUUGAGAUCAUAUUGAAUACAGCACAGAAAACAAGCUGAGGAGGGUUAGGGUUGGAUGACUUUUACAUUUAACAUUAAAUUCAGAGGUUUUUAAAUGACAAUAUGAGCUCAGUUUGGUAUCUGGAUAAUUCACCUUGUUACAUUAUUUCAGUUGGAUCGGAUGUUGUAAAGAAACUGAGUAGCAGAUGGAGCCAUUUGUGUUUUUUCAAUAUUUUUAGGUGAUGUUUCUCAUUUCAUUUGGAAUGAGACAGGAGCAAUCUAUUAAGUGAGGAAGACAUUAAAAUGUUUUAACUGUAAAUGAGAAUGACAUCUGUAACUGAACCAUCAUAAAUAAUCAUCACAGUAAAAAUACUCAAAUAUAUCAUGUUCUUAAUAAAAGCAGCUGAUGUACCAAUUAAA